AUGAAGGAAAUUCAUAAUUCUUCAAAAUAUAUUAUUUUACGCGUACAACAAGAGAGCUUCGGAAGUAUUAUGGAUGGCUUCCGAACUUAUCAGAACUUAUAUUCUAAAUUAAAAUCUUUAAAUCCUUUUAUUGAUGGCGAAGGCUUGCUGAGAGUUGGUGGAAGACUCGAAUAUGCUAACAUAUCACUUCUGCACGCCGGCACUCAAACCACACUUUCGGUUGUGAGACAAAAAUAUUGGCCAAUUGAUGGCCGCAAUACAACUAAAGAAUUAAUUCAUAAGUGCGUUAAGUACACUAGAUUUAAGGCGGCGGCUGCAGAACAACUUAUGGGCAGUUUACCAGUCGAUCGUGUUAAUGUGAAACGUCUGUUUUUAGCUGUAGGGGUAGAUUAUGCAGGUCCAGUUAUGCUGCGGGCGAGUCGGCUACGUAAGGCUCCUCAAAUCAAAGCGUACAUUGUUUUAUUUGUGUGCAUGUCCACCAAGGCAGUUCAUUUAGAUCUAGUUACGGAAUUAUCGACAGAAGCCUUUAUAGCUACGUUGAAAAGAUUUGUUUCACGGCGCGGUAGGUGUUCGAUCAUUCAUAGCGAUAAUGGCAAAAAUUUUGUAGGUGCUAAUAAAGUUUUAGCUGAGUUAUUUAAAUUGUUUAAAGCAGAAGAAAAUAAGCGACCUUUAAUUUCAGCCGUUACACAAUUAGAUAUUACUUGGCAGUUUACACCUACGUAUGCUCCACACUUUGGUGGUUAUGGGAGGGGUCGAUAA